UAUGUUGUGUUACUUACGGAGUAUUUGAUUUGCAGUCGAAGAGAAGACCACUAUCGGUCCCUCAAUAAAGUUGACAGGUUUGCUGUCAGCUACCGCGGUCUCUCUUCUCGAGACCGUCGUGAUCGUGAUCGCUCACGAAGCCCCAGGCGUCAUAACGACAGACCUCGACACACAAAUCUUGAUGCCUACUUACGCAGUAAGAUGGAGCGCCUUCGGCAGGACGUUCUGGAUCAUGAACAUAAGCCCGAAGAAAAGCAUUUUAAAAGCAAUUAUGAUGAUGUUCGCCCCGUUAAAAAAGAUGGGAAUGACAGCUCUCGACGUCACCAUCAUGAUAAGGAAAAAAAGCGCCAUAGAAAGCACCGUCACAAAGACCGUAAAAGCAAACGUCAAAAGUCAAGAGAAUCUCCCGAGAAAAGUGACAACGAGCAAAACGAUACUGAAGAAGGCGAAGAAGAUGAAGAGGCUAUUAUUGAACGGCGACGCCGGGAAAGGCAAAAGCUGCUCGAGGCAUCACCUAAGGAACCUGACGUUCCGGAGGCAUUCCCAUCGGAUAAGCUUGUUAAGCAAGUCACAAAGCCUCUUCAAAAGUCAGAAUCGGCUGUUUUCGCUGAUACCAUAGCUGACACUCCAAGCGGCCGUAUGUCCGGUAUUCAGGCUCCGGCAGCUGUUGCUUUUCUUCACGACCACGGACAUGCCAAUAAAUCGGAUACUGGGGUCACAAAGACUGAAACUGAUGGUCCACCUCCAGAAAAAAAAUUCGCUUUUGAUAUAUUCUCGGGGGAGCUGCCAACUGCUCCGGUAAGUGGGGUUCCGGGAACAAUGGAUCCACGUGCAAUGGCAGCUGAGAACCAUUCCCUUGUUGAUAACUGGGAUGAUGCUGAGGGCUAUUAUCGUGUUCGCAUUGGUGAGGUGCUGGAUAAACGGUACUCUGUUUACGGCUAUACCGGCCACGGUGUUUUCUCCAACGUUGUUCGGGCACGAGAUAGCGCUCGUGGUAAUCUCGAGGUGGCAAUCAAAAUUAUUCGUAACAAUGAAGUCAUGCACAAAUCGGGUCUGCAGGAAUUGGAGGUCCUGAAGAAACUAAACGACGCUGACCCUCAAGAUCGAUAUCAUUGCAUGCGAUUGUAUCGACACUUCUUUCACAAAAACCACCUCUGCAUGGUGUUUGAAUCUAUGAGCAUGAACCUGCGUGAGGUGCUCAAAAAGUACGGGCGAAAUGUGGGGCUCCAUAUCGCCGCAAUUCGUUCCUACACCCACCAAAUGCUAUUAGCCCUCAAGCUGUUGCGUAAGUGUAACAUUCUGCACGCUGAUAUCAAGCCUGACAACGUCCUCGUAAAUGAAAGUAAAAUUACUCUGAAGCUCUCCGAUUUCGGGUCGGCCUGCGCCAUGCAGGAAAAUGAACCCACGCCUUAUCUCGUCUCGCGUUUUUAUCGUGCACCUGAAAUAAUUUUGGGUCUUCCCUACGACUUCAACAUCGAUUUGUGGUCAACCGCGGUCACAUUAUUCGAACUCUACACGGGCAGAAUCAUGUUUCCCGGGAAGACCAAUAACGAGAUGCUUCGUCUCAUGAUGGAAACCCGUGGACGCAUCCCAAAUCGCGUCGUUCGUCGUGGUACCCUCCGACAUGCCCACUUUGACGAGCAAUGCAACUUCCUCUACCAUGAGGUUGACAAGGUCACCCAAAAGGCAAAGACAACUGUCAUUCGGAAUAUUCAGCCGACCCGCGAUCUCCUCGGCGACCUUACGGCGGACCCCCAAUUAACUGCACCAAUUCUGAGGAAGGUGCAGCAGUUCAAGGACAUCCUUGACAAGAUGCUUGCCCUCGAUCCCACCAAACGCAUUUCCCUCAGUGAUGCCCUUACCCAUCCCUUCAUUACUGAGGCAAUUGAUGAAGGGAAGUAA